CUGCAAAUGCGUCGUAAGAAGACACCUUGAGGAAUCAAACUAUUAAGGGAUUUUAGCCGUUAAAGGAUGGGCUGGUAUCAUCCGCUGUUGGCGUUUCCAGUUCUUAUGAUUGUGUUUCUCUCCGGAGCUUUUGCACGAACGACGCACCGAAAUACGCUUCACCAUCAUAUGACAGAAAAUGAUCUGAAGUACUUUUUCGGUGUUGAUAAUCAUUCAGAAGUUCCCGAGUACGAUGUAACCACCCCUUAUCAACUCAACGAAAAUUUCAAACGGCGUCAACGGCGGGCAGAGGAAUCACGUGAAAACAUAUUUUACAAAGUCAAGGCAUUUGGGCGGGAAUUGCACUUGAACUUAACAUUGAACAAAAAGCUGAUGUCUCCUGACCUCGUUGCGGAGACGAUAUACGCUGAUGGCACGAUAUCAUACUCUCCCCCACCCCCAAACAAUUACUACCUUGGUAACGUGAUGUCCGAUCCCGAUUCAAUGGUGGCUGUUAGUGACAACGGAGGGCUGACUGGUAUGCUGAAACUAGCCAGCGAUACCUUAUUCAUUCACCCGUUACCGACCCAUCUUGCAAAGCGGGCUGCGUCGAGUGAAGUUAAGACACCUCAUUUGAUUUACAAGAGGUCUCUUCCAGUUGAAUUUGAUCCGCAUGAUAUGAGGAAAGUGUUUAAACCACGAAGGAAGAUACCGGACAGCCUGGAGGUACAAGAUAAAGGAAAUUUGACGAUAAAAACUAUGGAGGCUGCUUUAAUGCUCGAGGCGGCUUCGGCGGCAACAUUGGAGACUGAAAAGCACGACCCAAAGGAGUUUCUCCUUUUAUUAGGAAAUACAAUUUCAGGACUCUUCAUGGACCCGAGCAUUGGAGAGAUCCGUAUUUAUUACAAAGUUACGCGAAUCAUCGUUAUCGACAAGAAGGUGUUCGGUGCGGAGUUCUCAGAAUCUAAAACUCAAUGGCUGUCGAAGUUUGCUAAAUAUAUAAAAUCCCACCAGACUGGCAGGGAAGAUGUGUUUUCCCUUGUGUACAGCAUGGAAUCAGGACUUGGUGGAUUGGCUCCGUUCAAGACCAUAUGUAACGGCAGAGCGACAGAAAACGUAAACAACAUGGUGGGCUUACAAACAGCUCUGAUAGUGACUCAUGAAACUGGUCACAACAUGGGGGUGGAUCAUGAUGAAACAGACGAGUGUCCUUCUAACACAUACAUCAUGUCCGCGGUGCUCCCUGGAGGCUCCAAAGCUGAGACAUGGUCCAACUGCAGUAUGAGAGUCAUUCAAGAACUUCUCAGAAGUAGCAAGUCAAAUUGUUUGAACGAAGAGGCUGAGGACGGCGAAAGGACUGUGGUGUAUGAAAAGAUUGAUGAAGGUGAUCCCGACAAACGAGAAGUCAGUAUCAGGGUAGCACGCGAUAUAAAAGAGACAAUUGAUCCUAGCGAGCUUUACGCGAAUAAUUUUGUAUUAAAACUUCCUGGUGAAAUCAUGAAUGGCGAUGAUCAGUGCGUCUUACAGUAUGGACUUGGUUUUCGACAAUGUUCUCGAUUUGCGGCAGAGUGUGGUAAACUGUGGUGUACUCCGAACGGAUAUUGGUGUGAUACACGUGCAGCUCCCGCUCUCGACGGGACUCCCUGUGGAAGUAGAAAUUGGUGCAUCAAAGGAGUGUGCGUUGACAACGGUCGGCCCCAGGUCGAUGGCUGGUGGAGCGAAUGGUCGGACUUUACUCCAUGCACGAGAACAUGCGGUGGUGGGGUACAACACAGGACAAGAUCAUGCACAAAUCCACCGCCUUCAAAUGGAGGGAAAGAAUGCCAGGGAGAUUCAAUUGGGCAUUGGAGAAUCUGUGAGAUCUUACACUGUCCUGGAAGUGUUACAGAUACAUACCGAGAUGAACAGUGCGCGAAGAAACUGGAGGGCUCAUCAGCAUAUUAUCAUGGAGGACCAUGUGAUUUGUAUUGCCGGUUGGGAUACACUGUCAAGGGAUAUGGAAAAGUGUUAGAUGGUACCAGAUGCAGCAAAGAUCCCGCCAUAUUUGAUGUUUGUAUUGGAGCAAGUUGCAAGGCUGCUGGCUGUGAUCAGGUCCUGGGAUCAAAUGUAAGAAUCGACAGGUGUAGUGUGUGUGGUGGCAAUGGGAAUACGUGUAAACAUGUUGUAGACAAGUACAUGAAACAGUGGAACCAAACUGGAAAGGAGAAUGCAGAUACCAUUUAUGAUCUUCCACCCGGGACAAUGUCUGCAAGUUUUAUUGAAGUCGCUGCGACGUACAACAAAAUAGGUGUCAUGUCGAAGGAUGGCGACUAUCUAAUAGACCCAGAUAAGGAUAAAAAUGUUCAAAUUACUUAUGCUGGAGCUUCUAUCUACUAUGUAAACAAAAAUAAACGUUAUGCAGAUCAACUGAAGAUAAUAGGACCAACUCAAGCAAAACUGAGGAUAAUGUUUAUAGCAGAGUAUGGAGAGAAUCUUGGCGUUGCUUAUGAUAUCUGGUAUCACCUUAACUCCUGGAGUAAGCUGAAGCUCGACUACAAAUGGAUUGUGGGUGAUUGGUCUGAGUGUUCUGCUACAUGCGCUAGAGGUGUUCAAACUCGAGAAGUUCGUUGCGUUCUAGAAGAGGAUGGAACACCUGCUAGUGACGAAGCUUGUGAUAAACUUCUACGACCAGAUGAUAAUAAUGAAUGCAAUCAGCAACCCUGCCCUCCAGAGUGGAUCGUUACAGAUUGGUCACCUUGUUCGAAAACCUGUGGUACUGGUGUUCAGACUCGAGAAAUGAAAUGUCACGAGAAAACGAGCAGUCACCACUAUUCUGAAAUAUCUACCUCUAAGUGUGACCCAAGUAAGCUCCCAGAUGUCAGUCAGCUGAGUAGACAGUGCAACCAGAUCAUUUGCAAGCCAGAUUGGAAAAUUGAAUCAACGUGGACGGCAUGCUCUACUCCGUGUGGUGCAGGCAUUCGACAGCGUACAGUUAACUGUAUCCUUAUUGAUCAAGAUGGAAGACCCUCUCAAGUAUCAGAAGAACAGUGUUCUUUUCUGAAAAAGCCCAAGGACAAAGAGGAUUGUGAUAGCAAGCGACCCUGUUUAGAAGAUGGUAACUAUCAGUGCUACCCAACUAAUCCAUGUCAAAAUGACGCCGUUUGCAUCGAAAAGCCGCCAGGCGAAUACCACUGUGACUGUCUGGAAGGAUUCAAGGGAAAAAACUGUGACGAGAUGGAGACUCCUUGUCAAAAGCAACCAUGUCAAAACGGAGCCACUUGUGUGCGUAAUGCUAAAUCCUCGAAGUGGGAACGCAAAUAUACUUGUAUUUGCCCAGAAUGGUACAAGGGAAAGAAUUGUGAGCAAAAAAUCUUUCCAUGUAAUAGCCAUCCAUGCCGCAGCCAUGCUACUUGCAUAGACGGUCUUAGUGAUCCCUCAAACUUCACAUGUAAAUGUCCACCGUGGUUCACUGGGAAGUUUUGUGAAGUAACUACCAACAAAUGCGAUGAGGAACCGUGCAACAACAGAGGAUAUUGUCUGAGUAAGAAAACAGACCCAGCCUGGUACCAAUGCUUCUGCGAAGACUGGUUUGAAGGAACACACUGUGAAAAGCAAAUAUAUCCUUGCGACUUAAAGCCGUGCAAAAAUGGAGCUACCUGCACCAAUGACCCGGAUGACAUCUCAUUACAUCAUUGUCAAUGCCCAACCUGGUUUACUGGCCAAAAUUGUGAAGUGCAACUGACCUCCUGUGACAGUGACCCGUGUCAAAAUGGUGGAUACUGUAAUAGUGAUUCGAAGACACCUGAUGUAUAUGAAUGUCAGUGUGGGGAUUGGUUCAAGGGUACCAACUGCGAAGUUCAAAUAUUUCCAUGUGACUCCAAGCCCUGCCUAAAUGGAGCAGCCUGUAGGAAUGAUGAGACAGACAUAUCCGAAUACCACUGUGACUGCCUGUCUGGUUUCUUUGGGAAAAAAUGUCAAGCUUCUCCUUUCUCUGAGAUUGGUUGUUUCAAGACGCCGAAAACUGGUCUAAAAAGCGUACUGGCAAAUCACAACCAAGACUUCGAUCCAGAAAAAAUUAAAUCGUAUAUUUAUGAGUGUGGCGAACUUGCAUUUGACAAAGGUUACAGUCACUUUGCCCUCGGAGAUCGUGCAAUUUGUUUGUCGAGUGGAACUGCUCAGAACGAAUACUUCCAGAAAGGGGGUACCAAAGCCAGUGACUGUAAGGAUGACAUUGGAAGCAAAUCUUCAGUCCAUGUAUAUACUUUUGAACCUUUACCGAAAUCUGUCCCUGAGGGAUGCUUCAUAGAAAAAGGGAAAUCAGAGAAGUUACUGACUGACAAUUACGCCAGCUUCUCAAGUAACUCUGACCCCAAAGCCACUAUUUUGUACUGUUCUACUCUGGCUCGAGACAUGGGCUACGAGUACUUCGCUGUACAAAACGAGGUACAAUGCUGGACCAGUAAAGACAUCGCUAAUACAUACAGCAAGUACGGAAAGUCCGACAAUUGUGCAGGUGGAGUUGGCAAAGAGAUGGCAAACUUUGUGUAUCGUAUUCAACCCUCGUAUUCAUAUCCAACUGGUUGUGAUGAUGAUCCUUGUCAAAACGAUGGGUUUUGUGUGGUGGACAACAAUGAUCCUAUGCAGUACUCAUGUGAAUGUAAGGAAAUGUUCAGUGGAAAGAACUGCGAAGUGCGGUCUUAUGCAUGUGAUAGCCAACCUUGUAAGAACGGGGCAGCUUGCCGCAACGACGAAAAAGAUAUCACAAAAUACCACUGCGAUUGUACGGACGACUUUAGUGGAGUCAAUUGUCAAGUUCCUUCUUUUGCUGAAAUUGGCUGUUUCAAAGCACCAAAGUCCGGUCUUAAGGAGGUACUUACAUCUCCGAAGGGAUUUGAUUCAAAGAAAGUAAAAACUUACAUAUAUGAAUGCGCCGAACUGGCAUUCGACAAAGGUUACAGCCAUUUUGCACUGGGCAAUCAAGGAAACUGCCUUUCGAGUAAAACCGCCGAUAAAGAAUACUUUGAAAAAGGAGGAACCAGUCCUAGUAGCUGUAAGGAUGGCAUAGGGAGUAAAAUGGCAGUCGACGUGUAUACCUUUGAUCAGGCCCCUAAAUCUGUUCCACAAGGCUGUUUUGUGGAAAAAGAGAAGACAGAGAAGUUGCUUACUGAUAAUUUUGCCAGCCUCCCUAGUAACUCGGAUCCAAAGGCCACUGUUGUUUACUGCUCUACUCUAGCUCGAGACAUGGGUUAUCAGUAUUUCGCUGUGCUGGAUCAAGUCCAAUGUUGGACUAGUAAAGACAUCGCUAACAUAUAUAACAAGUACGGAAGGUCCGACAAUUGUGCAGGUGGAGUUGGCAAAGAGAUGGCAAACUUUGUGUAUCGUAUUCAAGCCUCGUAUUCAUAUCCAACUGGUUGUGAUGAUGAUCCUUGUCAGAACACUGGGUUUUGUGUGGUGGACGAGGAUGAUCCUAAACAGUACUCGUGUGAAUGUCAGCAAAUGUUCAGUGGGAAGAAUUGUGAAGUUCAGUCCUAUCCGUGUGAUAGCGAUCCAUGUGUAAAUGGAGCAGCUUGCCGUAACGAUAAAGAAGACAUCACAGAAUACCACUGUGAUUGCACAGGCGACUUUAGUGGAGUCAAUUGUCAAGUACCAUCUUUCAAUAAUAUUGGCUGUUUCAAGAUACCGAAGACUGGUUUUAAAGAAGUUCUUGCAUAUCCUAACAAAGACUAUGAUCCAGCAAACUUCAAUAGUUACAUUCUGGAGUGUGCAGAGCUUGCAUUUGAUAAAGGUUACAGCCAUUUCGCACUGGGCGAUAAGGGAAAGUGCUUGUCCAGUAGCACUGCUAAAAACAAUUACUACGCGAAAGGGCCCGCUGCUGCCAAAGAUUGCAAGAAUGGUAUAGGAAUAAAAUUUUCCAUCCAAGUGUAUACAUUUGAGUCAAAGCCAACGCCUAAUGCAAUUGGCUGUUUCAAGGAGAACAAAGGCUCUAAGAGGCUUCUCAAAGAUAAAUUUGCGACCUUCGUGGCUCAACGAAAUGAUGACGAUCCCGGGUAUACAAUCCUGCAAUGUGCAUACGUCGCACGUGACAAGAUGAUCGAAUACUUUGCUUUGCAAAACAAUGGCGAGUGCUGGACGGACAAAACAUUAGGGGAGGCUUACAAUACCUACGAAGUAGCGGAAGAUAGCAAUUGUAAAGAUGGUAUUGGCGGUGUUCUGACUAAUUAUGUUUAUCAAUUAAAGUAAGUACAUAGAACUAAGAUGCGUUUCAAUGCAAUGUAUUGCAUUGUGCAUUCUGAUUGCCGAUCUUCCCUCCGCUUAGAGAACCUAAACAAACUUUUAUAUUACUUAUCGACUUUGCUCCGGUGAAUUUAACGAAUACUUGUCAUCUUAACUUUUAAUUUAUUUAUUUCUGCUUGCUCCGAUGGUGCAGUUCCACAAUAUCAACAGAUAUAAACGUACGUACCCGACCCACAGUUCUCUACUUUGCUCUGCAUGGAAGAAUAACGUGAGCUUUUCGAAAUUCUUUCCUGCGGUUAUUCAUUGCAUUUAUCAGCUUCGAACAGAUAACUAAUCACGUGUACUUCUGAGAUUUAGUUCGGGAAAGUUUAGAGAACACUAUUAGAAAUGGCCGAUUUGUCUCAAAGGUAAAUCCACAUUUUCUUAAGACCCGUAUGGUGGACUAUCUUUCUCAAUUUUUUCUCGUUCAGAACUGAACCAAAUAAGUAAAUAAAUCCCUUUUUGUUAAAAUUAAGAAGUAAAUAUUUAUCGACCAAUCAUCUGAGCAGAAACGAUAAGAAACGGUCGAUCGUUGGAAUAAAAAAUAAUUUCCCCUUCUUUAUAAUUAAUGUCUUACUGACUUCAUUCUCUCUGUCCAUACUAUAAAUUAGGGAGCUUGUUUUUUUUUUUUUUUGCGCUCGGCAUUGAGGCCCGCGCAGUUCGCACCAUAAAUCAGAGUAGAAAAAAACUCAGUCUUUGACUUAUAGUACGGACCUCCUUAUAGCCUCUUACCUCUAAAUUUCGUUCUCUUUUUCUUAACUCCUCUAACAUAUAAAAUCAUUCCAAAAUUAUUUUCACUAUGCGUUUGUUUGUUGGAUAAAUUAAAGUUAAGAAUUUUAACUUAUCGACGAAUAUCUUUUCUAUUCUUUCUAUUUUCAGGAUGUAACCGUUCAAUGUAGGGCCCCAAGUGUUGGAGAGCUUACAACCUCGUAGCCGUGAGAGGUCUGGGUGCAAGACUAGAGACUAGGGGAAUACCUGAUUAGCUUGCUAUAUUAUGUCCUUCGCCAUUUUCUUUAUCUUGUUGUAAUUAUUCAAAGGUUGUGAUUGUUGAAAUGGAGGAAAUAAUAAGAAUAAUGGUAACAAUACUAAUAAACAAAAGAUUAAACCACCGUGACAGCACCCUCCCGAGAGACAUCUUGAGGCGUGACUGUUUCCGUUUGUCGAAGAUUUCCCUCCACCCUGGUUCCAAUGGUUCUCCCUUUAGAUUCUGGUUUAUAAUUAGACCCCGUCCACACACAUGUCUCCAGACUUAAGUGGAGAGGUCAACGGAUCAUUCUCAACAGAGAGACUCUAUCACAAGGUGUCGCUUAAUUAGGCUGUGAUUUCUUCGAAACUUUCUCCAACGUACCGAAUUUACUGAAGUUCAAUUUAAGGAAGGUUUUCUCUUUUUUGUCGUGAAAUCUGUGAAACGCUAUAAUUUGCUUGUUAAUCAUUCAUUUGUUAGUCUUUGGAAGGGUUUUCUUAUUCAGCGCAUCAUAUUUCUCGUACUGAUGAAAAAAUUUCAAGCGUGACUAUUAAAAGAACUCUUAUGAGACGCGCAGAGA